AUGGCAAAAACCUGCAGUAACGAACACUAUAGCUUGGCAAUGAGAUCACUUCACCGUCAUCCCUUCAUCUCAGUUGUGGCAUGCUACUUCGUUUUCGGGUUACGGUUAGUCCGAGGCGACCAAGACGAUAUUAUACGUCCUUCAACCGUGGAGACCGAGGCUGGAGCAGUCAUGGGCAAAAUCGAGUCUCUUCCGCUUGGUAAAUCAGCCUACGAGUAUCUUGGUAUCCCGUAUGCAGAACCUCCAGUCGGAGACUUGAGAUUUGCUGAGCCAAAGCCUGCAAAACCUUGGACUGGAAUCAGGGAUGCAACGAGUUAUGGAAAAGCUUGCCCGCGACCGAGUCUGCCGGUGCCGAUUAGCGGUUUUGAGCCAGAACCAGAAAGCGAGGAUUGUCUUUUUCUUAACGUCUUUGUGCCAUCAACUGUCAAACCUGAUGACCAGAUGGCUGUCAUGGUGUGGAUUCAUGGCGGCGGAUUCUCUUACAGUUCAUCAACAGAAUUCCCAGGAGGCAUUCUGGCAUCAUUCAAUGACAUCAUCUUGGUGACUUUUAACUAUCGGCUGGGAAUACUGGGUUUCCUAAACAUCCCAGACACCGAAAUAAAGGGCAAUUAUGGAAUGCUGGACCAGGUCCUUGCCUUGCAAUGGGUCCAAAACAACAUUGCCAGUUUCGGCGGUGAUCCCAACAGAGUGACCUUAUUUGGUCAAAGUGCCGGGGCUGUAUCCGUGUCACUUCAGUUGCUGUCACCUUUGUCUAAAGGUUUAUUCAAAAGAGUUAUCAUCCAGAGUGGCUCAGCCUCGUACCCGCUUUACAGUGGCAAAGUGAAAGAUACCAAGCAUUUGGAAAUGUUUGCCAAUCUGGUGAACUGUAGCUUGGGUCCACAACUGAUUUCAUGCGUAAGGGGAAAAACUAUUGAAGACAUUUUGGAAGUCCAAAGCCAAAUUAUCUAUCCCGUGUACCGAGGUCCGCAAGAUAUCGCUGGUCCUGUUGUUGACGGCGAGUUUUUGCCAGAUCUACCCGAAAAACUGUUGAGAGAUGGCAAAUUUCACCGAGUUGAUGUUCUGACAGGCACUACGUCAAACGAAGGAGCCUUGUAUGCGAUGCUGCCACCAGAUCAGGUCGAGAAUGGAGUGGAAAGAAAAUUGUUUGAGUCUUUUAUCAAGGAUAGCGUCGUUUUUACCCGAGGAAGAAACGUCUUCGCUGAAAAGGCCGUUCUCUUCAAGUACACAGACCACGCUGACCCAGAAGACAAACUCGCCAUGCGGAGAUCAAUGCUUGAAUGCCUUGGUGAUUAUGCAUUUGUUGCACCCAUGCUACGGGAUGCUAAGGCUUAUUAUCAGAGAGGACUAAAGACCUACAGCUACCUGUUUAACCACACUCCAAUCCAUUCUCCGUAUCCAGAGUGGAUCGGUGUAAGUCAUGGCAUGGAACAGGGCUUUCUGUUCGGAGCACCUUUCAAGACGUUGUCAUGGUUCUUCACGAUGCUAGUGCCAAAAUAUUCUGAAACAGAGAAGGACUUAAGUCUGAAUAUUAUGAAAAUGUGGACGAGUUUUGCCAAAGAUGGGGAUCCCAGUCCACUGCCAAAUUCCGCGUUCUCUAAGUUCACAUGGCCUGAAUUCACUGAGGAUGAACAAGCUAUUCUUGUCAUUGACUUGCAACCGAGAGUAGAAUUUGGAUUCAAACACGCAGGUAUGGUUGCCUUCUGGAAUGAAUUGUUCCCAACAUUAAUUCAAGAGGGAGAAAGAGAUGCAGGAGAGACCAAGGAAAAGAUCUCGAAAGAUGAGUUGUAG